AUGAGAGUACAAUUGCCUCUGAAGAUGCCAGCCCGAACUUACCAGGAUGCUAUCGCUGCGCUGAAUUCACUGCAAUCGAAUUAUGCUAAUAUAAUGGCUGUAAGAGAGUCUGGAGAUCGAAAAAAUCAGAUGAAUAUCUGGGAAAUGCAAGAAUGGUCGCGUAGAAUUGGAUACAGGCCGUCGGAUUUCAAUAGGCUGAAUGCUGUCCACAUCACGGGAACCAAAGGGAAAGGCUCUACGGCAGCUUUCACUUCGUCGAUCCUCGGCAUGUACAGGGGCCAGCUGCCCAAAGUGGGUCUCUAUACAUCGCCCCAUCUGAGAUCUGUCCGCGAACGUAUCAGAAUCAACAAUGACCCUAUUUCGGAGGCCAAAUUUGCCCGGUACUUCUUCGAAGUGUGGGAAAAGCUGGAGAGGACCACGUCUCCUUUGGAGAAAUUUCCACAUAUGGUGCCAGGUAGUAAACCCGGUUAUUUCAAGUAUCUCACGCUACUCUCAUUCCAUGUGUUCAUGCAGGAAGGCUGCAAUUGCUGCGUCUACGAAGUCGGGGUGGGGGGAGAAUACGAUAGCACUAAUAUACUCGAGAAGCCAGCUGUAUGCGGGAUCACUCGGCUGGGUAUUGAUCAUACUUUUAUGCUGGGUGACACGAUUGAAGAGAUUGCCUGGAACAAGGGCGGAAUCCUCAAGAAGGGCUCCCCAGCCUUCACAGUGCCUGGACAACCGGAAGCGGGUUAUAAUGUUUUAAAAGAGAGGGCCAGUGAGCGCGGUACUACAUUGGAGACUGUUCCAGUCUUCAAUGGGUUGAAAAAUAUUCAACUAGGCAUUGCGGGUGACUUUCAGAUCAUUAACGCAUCACUUGCAGUUUGUCUGGCUUCUCAGUUACUCGCGAAGAUGGGCGUUUUAGACACUGCCGUUACGUUGGAAGAAUACGCAAACAUACCAAUGCCUUUCAUACGUGGUUUGGAGCAGACAAAGUGGGAGGGGCGCUGCCAGACAAUUCAAAAGGGUAACAAAACAUGGUUUAUCGAUGGAGCCCAUACGAAGGAUAGCAUUGAAGCGGCAUCUGAGUGGUUCAAGAAAGUUACAAGAGGAACAAAGGUUAAAAAUGUAUUACUAUUCAAUCAACAAAGCCGGGACGCUAAAGCGCUGGUUGACAAUUUACAUCUCGUGCUCACUCCAGAAGUAAAAUUUGAUCAUGCUAUAUUCACAACUAACGUUACGUGGAACUCUGGCUCUUACAGUGCAGAUCUAGUUUCCAUGAAUACAUCAAAAGACCAGGUGGAGAAAUUAGUGGUUCAAAAGGCACUCGCCCAGCACUGGUCGGAACUCGAUUAUGGAGAGGCGACAGUGCAUGUCACGCCUGAUAUCCAAACGUCGCAUGAAUUAAUCAAUGGAAUGCUAGAACCACUAAAUAUCUUCGUUGUUGGAUCGCUGCAUCUUGUGGGAGGGCUACUGGUAGUAUUCGACGGUAAACAAUAA